AUGAAGUUCCUAAUCACCAUUAUUGCCUCAGUCGUUGCCGCCAAUGCUGUCGCCAUUCCUGAUGACGAAGCCCGUUGUCACAAAAUCGGCCAACCAUGCUGGAAGGCUAAGCGCGCCGCCGACGCCUUCUCUAACGCUCUUGCCAAGUUUGACAAUGUUAGUGUCGACGACUCUAUAGAGGCCCUUCUCUCUCAUUCGGAAGGCGGCGCUGCUUUCAUGGCCAAACGCGGCAUUGACGAGCUCGCUCACGCCGUUGCAGUCUCGCAGGAUGAUCCUGCCGAGUAUUACAAUAAGCUGGAGAUGAGGAAGCGCUUUUCCGAGGAUACUAAACCUGUCACGCUCCGUGAGGCUAUUGCUGAACCCAAGGCGGACCCCUGGUGUCGUGAUCCUGGAAAGUCUUGCUGGAAGCGCGACAUCAACACGAAUACUGAGAGAGGAGGCAUCCCUGGCGAGGACAGGGACUGGUGCCUUCAGCGUGGGCAACCGUGCUGGAGAAUCAAACGCGCGGCCGAGGCGGUCAUCGAGGCUAUUGCUGAUGAUGAAGACGCUACUUCUAGCGAGAUCAACACUGUCACUAAACGCGAGACUGAGCCAUGGUGCCGCUCACCUGAUCAGCCUUGCUGGAAGGCUACCCGCGAUCUUUCUGCCAUCAGGGACGCCGCGCAGUCCCUUGUUGCAACCCUUGACCUUGACUAA